ACACCACGUGGGGGAGGAGCAUGAGUAUAAAGGAGCCAACAUGUGGCUCUGGGCUCAGUGUCAACGUCCUUCAGCAUGAAGCUUUAUCCUCAGUCCGUCUGUGCGUUCGCUAUCCUGAGCCUUUGCUGUGUACUGAUCACAGUGAAAGAGUCAAACAGCACGUUUGUCCCGGGGAGAUGUGCUUGUCCAAAAACACAACAGGGUGUCAGAGGUCAACUGAAGGCGCUCAUAGUGUUACCACAAAGCUCCACUUGUCACAGCGUCACAGUCAUAGUCACCCUGCAAAGAAACAAUAAAUCAGUGUGCCUGAAUCCAGAAGCGCCGCUGGCCAAACAGCUGAUUCGCUGCUGGAAUAGAGUUAAGCAGUUGGGUCGUGAUGUAAAAUUGUGUCUACAAAGGAGAAAAACGAGAGGGGGUCAACGCCAGCAGACUCGACAGAGGAGAAAAGGCCAAAACAGGAAAGUCUCAUCCUGAGACUCUCAGUAGCUAGUCAGACUAAGGAAGGGAAAAAAUGACACCAAGUAUGUACAAAGGAGAACUGUGUACAGGGAAGAAACUACUGUAAGGCCACUUGUGUCUUUUCUCUCUCUUUAUGUCAUUGCAGACAUUAAGCUUCUUUAAAUUGUCUAAGCUCUACAUCAAAGUCUCCUUAUUAUUUCAUUCUAAAUGAGUAAUGUAUUGAAACAAAGCCCUGGAGGCUCAUAAAUGAAAAAAAAAAAAGUCCUUGGUUCUGUAUAUGCAGCUGGGAAGGCCAACUCAAGAUUGUGUAGUUUAUAUUUAUAUGACUGCUUGAGGUUUUAUACUUUUUAAAAAAAAUAAACAUAUCUGAACAAU